UCCACAUUCCUUACACGUAUAUCCACAUUCCUUUAAACCACCCUACAACUCAACCCCACCCCAACACUCACCAUGCGCUUCAGCUCCAUUCUCGUCGCCGCCCUCCCCAUCCUUGGCUCCGUCUUCGCUGCCCCCGUCAACACCGAAGCCAAGACGGAUCUCUCCCUCGCCCCUGCUUCUUCCGCGCUUGUCGAGCGUGAUGGGCUCUUGCUCGGUGCUCUUGCCGACCUCAAGGCAGAUGUUACCGCCGUGGGCUCUCUCUCCGGUGUGACCGUUGAAGCCGAUAUCAACGCCGGUGUCCAAGCUGUGCUGGACGCCUUCAACAAGUGUGGCUCAGCCCUUGGUAUCGAUUUGUCUCUGGGCGUGGACGCAACUGUCGGUUUGGACCUUGGUCUUCUCAAGCGCGAGUUCAACGAGCGAUCUGUCGACAAGCAAUCUGUGGCUCAGGCCCUCAUAGACGUUAUUGUCCUCGUCAACGUGAACAUCCUGGUCCCCGCUAAGCCGGUCCUCUCUUCCUGUACCUGCUCCCAAACCCACUCUCUCUUCACCGAGCUCGACUUGCUCCUGACCGGCCUUCUCUGCGCUUUGGACGCUCUCCUCGGCGACCUCCUUACCAUCGUCAAGGGCCUCUUGACCUCUGUGCUGGGUUUGGUCGCCGUCCUCCUCGGGGGCUUGCUCGACGGCUCCCUUUCCGCUCUCGGCUUCUAAGACGACCUUACCUUGUCUGGCGGGGACUUGCCCUUCAUGCUUCCAUCAUCUUUUACCACAGCUGGCAAUGUCGACCACUAUUCGGGUAGCGUCUGUCUAUAAGUCAUUGGCUGGAUUAAAAUCUCUAAUAUCGAAGUCGUGCUUUCGCAUGGUCCCCUACUACUCCUAUGAACCCUGAUAUAUCCUUGGA